AUGCGAGGAGGAGAAGGCAAAAUGACGUUCGUCGGAGAGGUGGAUAAGUGUGAGUUUCGGGGGGGCGACGAGGAGAUGGAUUAUUUCGGCGGGGAGGCAGAGGCCUUCGGGUUUGGGCGGCGUGCGGCGUCCCUCUCCGGGUGCGACGCGGAGUUUCUGCAGUCCUUCGCGCAUCCACCCUCGUCGCGUUCGACUUCUUCUGUCGCGUCUUCUGCAUCAGACGCCUCUGAGGCGUUGUCGGGAGGGUCAUCGCGGGGGCAGAGCCCGGCGGAGGGCUGCGGGGGUCCGAGAGCCGUGGGCAACUUCUGCGGCACCGCCGAGAGGUGCUCUCAAGCCGGCGCCGAAACCGAGAGCGGGAGUGGGCGCGAGAGCGAGAGAGAGGAAGGCCGCGGCUUCGAGGACGCGCGUGCAGACGAGGAGCCGCAGGAGGCGACCGCCGACACCCGCAGCGCGGAGGCAGAGCCUGACAAGGCGGAUCGCGACCUGUCGGCCGCGGAGGUGUGCGCGGCGGCGGUGGCAGCGAUGAAGGAAGAGGAUUUUUUUGCGGAGGCCUGCAAACUGAUUCGCAGAGAGAGAUUUUUCUAUCUUGAGGGCAUUCGAAUGAUGAAAGAGGAUCAUUCGUACCUCGACUUGACGGGCGAGGACUACGACGCGCCAGCCAAGCUCGCCGCGCUCAUGGACGCCCUCGCUCACGAGGGCGCUCAAAUCGUGCGCACAGGCCUGGCAGACUGA